AAAAUGGACGAGACGUGUUAUUAUUUUGCAUUGCACCGAAGACCUUGGAGACGCUGCCCGAACAUCAUCGCCACUGCCGUCGCCGGCCCCAGGAGCCACCGAAGCUUGUAUCUGAACCACCCACGCACACAAUAUUGCACUGUUUUCAAGCCGCGGCUGAGUGUACACGCGCUUCAUCAUGACGCUCAACGAAAAGAUGGCCAUGCAUUUGAAACUGAUUUUCACCACCAGCGUCAUGGCGUUCCAACAGUUUCUUGCUGGCACAGUAUUUGGAUAUUCUGCCGUCAUAUUGCCGCAGCUUCAGAAACCGGACUCUCUUAUCCACCCCGAUGCCGAACAAGCUUCAUGGAUAGCCAGUAUCCCGUUACUGGUCUGUCCCAUUGGCUCCUUGGUGUUAGGCUACUUUUCCGACCGAAUCGGUCGGAAGAAUUCGUUGCAGUUAACGUAUAUCCCAAUGAUAGCUAGUUGGACGCUUCUCAGCAACGCGAAGUGCUUGGAACACAUUUACAUCGGAAGACUUCUGGGCGGACUAGCAACUGGUACCGGUGGCGUGAUCUUCGUGUACAUCGCGGAGACGAGUCCGACGGGCAGCCGGCCGUUCUACCUGAUGAUAAUCACGCUGUUCGUGAGCCUGGGCCAGCUGACCACCGCGGCGCUAGGCGUGGUGCUGCACUGGCGCGGUGUGGCCGCGGUGUUCGGCGUGCUGUCGGCCGCGGGCGUGUGCGCGCCGUUCCUGGUGCCCGCGCCGCCGAUGUGGUUGCGGUCGCGCGGCCGCCACGAGGAGGCGCGCAAGGCGGAACGGUGGUUCGGGUUCGAGCUGCCGCGCGACGAGAACGUGCCGCCGCUGCCGCCGCCGCCGCCGCCGCCCGAGUCCGCGGCCGUCGCGACGCUGGCCCGCGGCGAAACGACGGUGGACGAAGCGCCGGGCCGCCGCCCGAACGUGGGCUGCUGGGCCGCGUACACGUCGCCGACCGUGUGGAAGCCCGCGGCCGCCGCGUUCGCGUUCUUCGUCUGCCAGGAGUGCACCGGGUUCUACAUGCUGCUGUUCUACUCGGUGGACGUGAUCCGCGACUGCCGCGUGUCCAUCGACGGCAUGACCGCGGCCGUGUACCUGGGCAUGGCCCGGCUCACCGGCACCGUGGCCAGCAUGGUGUUCCAGGGCGUGCCUAAGCGCCGGCUGACCGUCGUCUCCAGCCUGGGCAUGUGCGCGUCCAUGGCGACCGUGGUCGGCUACCUUUACGCGUUCCGCGGCUCGGCCAGCCCGCCCGCCGGCGACCUGCUCAUCGUGCCGUUCCUGCUCUACGUGUUCUUCGCCAUGUUCGCCGUGCUUCCGUUGCCGUGGAGCGUGUGCGGCGAGAUGUUCCCCAUGGAGGUCAAGGGCACCAUGAACGGCGUGCUCUACUCGUGCGGCUACGAGCUCAUGUUCGCCGCCAUCAAGAUAUACCCGUGGCUGGUUGCCACGUUCGGCAUACUGACCGUGUGGACCGCGUGCGCGGUCAGUUGCUUCGUCACCGCGCUGUUCGGCGCGUUCGUGCUACCUGAGACCACCGGCAAGUCGCUCAACGAGAUCGUCGACGGAUUCAAGUCGUCCGGCAAAUGCCGCAAGCCCCUCAAGAUCCAGUUACCCUAGGCCAAUCACUCCCCCCCCACAAAGUUUUCGUGACUCAUCAACGUUUUUUCGAUUGUACAGUUCGCCCAAAUUCAAUCCUUCGUCCUCAUCACAAGAAUACAAGUCAGGGUACACGAAACAUGGGGAGUCGUAUGGUGCAGACCAGUAGCGGCCCACCGGUGGCAGAACGGUUGCUCUGAUCCGCGAAGAUGUCCUUACGAUAACCGACAGCAGCCGAUUCCAUCGCGAUUAAUCGCAAUCCGAAUAUUAAAUUAUUACCCGCCCCAUAAGUACUUCGAACAAAUAGAUCCGGUUACAUGAAAACACUGUACUGUAAUUAUAUUCCUGUAAAUAUUUCAGCAUUAACUAUGAAAGUUUAAAUUUUAUAUAAUCGUGUUACACCUGAUAUAAAAUGUAAUGUAAAUAUACAAAUUUAGACGAGUC